AUGGCAGACCAAAUUGAUAAUACCAGCCCACGGAUAAGGUUCCCGAUUCUGGAGCCAGAGCAGUUCCGGGGCCUCCAACUCCCUUUCUUGCAAAAGAGCGCUCCUGCUGCUAUACAGGCAGAGACCUUCCACUCCCUGCAGCAUCGUCUUGACGAGAUGCUCACUGCCCUUGAUGCAAGAGAAAGCGACUUGUAUCACGUCAAGGUUGAACUCGCUGAGGCCCGAGUCAGCUUUCAGCGCGACCGCGAAGCGAUGCAUGACAUGGAAAGACGAAUUAUCGAGCUCGAAGACAUCAUCGAGAAACAGAGAAUGACUAUCAACUUGCAGAGCAGGACGAUCUCUGGCCCUGGACCUGCUAUUCCCAGGACCAAGCCCCGCGCGAUGUCUUGUGGCUUCAGCACUCAGGAACAUCAUCCGUUCAACCAGGAGGGUCCGCGUGUCUCUCAUUUCCAGCAUGUCUUCAGCCAGCCGCCUCCCAAGUUUGGGCUGGCGAGCAUGCAGACCCAAGCAAACGCACCAGCCUUUGGCAGAAUUCAAGCUCCUCCGACUUCUAUAGCUCCUGCUAAUGCUGGCAUUGCUGCUUUCAUGUCACCCAUUGACCGCUUGAAUGCAUUUCUCCCGCCCCUUGUGCCUAGUCCUGCUGUGGAGGAGAAGCUUGUCGCGAUGUCCUCCUUGCCCGCGGUGGCGCCAGAGGGCUCGAUGGUCAUGGAAGCGGCCAGUCUUAACGGGAAGGAUUUCACGGCUAAGCUCAAAGCCCUUUUCAAGAAGACGGAAACUUUUGGUCAGACCUACGUCAGCACACCAGAUGCAACUGUCGACGACGUGAUUGAUUCCGACAUCCAAGGGUUCCUGCAGGCGUGUUCUCAUCCGAGCGCACUACCCACUUUCCAGAGGGACCCGAAAUCUCGUACCCUUCUCUUGAUCAAGGCGAUAAACUUAUAUCUCGUCAUCAAGGUGCUUCACGUCUGUGUCUUGUUUGGUUUCGACACCACCGCUGACUCUGAGAUUGAGCAAAUGCUAGACCUUGUUUUCCCUGCGACAUCUGCCAACGUCCGCGUCAUCUUCUAUGAAGCAAUUCGCCUCCAGGUUAACCGCAUCCGCAACAAACCCCUUUUCUGCAACUUCUACAACAAGCGUAAGAGCGAAAACGCAAAAUCUUUAUUUGGGUAUAUCCAACACCUUGUCCAACGUAACCAUCCAACCAUCUGGGGCGACUUCGUCGAGUUAAUCGAAGAAGCUCAUAGCCUCGCGAUAAUCAUGUUCUCUGGUCCCUACGAGUUCCAUAUGCGCUUCGCGGAGGUUGGCGACCUGUUCGAUAUGAAAACGAUGUGUUCUCGUAAGACGGGCGGGAUUUGUGACACAAUGGAUCCUCGGACGCUGAUGAAGAGCUGUUACCGUGUUAAACUGGGCAUUGCCCCGACAAUUGUGUUUCGGGACAACGCUGCACCUGGGACCGAUGCGAUGCCGACUAUUUUUGUUGGGGAUGUCCUUCUGAUGCCUCCGGGUUCGGAAGCGCAGUAG